GCGAGCCGGGAAGAUCUGCCUGGAAUUAUUCCUUUCCCUCUUUUUUCCUCCACCUCUUCUGCCCACCCCGCUUCUUCCCUUGCUCUCGGUUUCCUGGUUGGUUUCGCUUUAGGCUCUGGAAGGUGGGGUGGAGGCGGGGUAGGGGGUCGGGGGCGGAAAAAGAAAAGAAAAUGGUGCAUGAUCGCGAACCGGAGCGGGGCGAUUCUCGGCUGCUUUUUCGCUUUUUAUUUUGGACCGAAAAGUUGAUGGUUCUAAAGGAAGCACCAGCCAACCGGGACUAACCUCCUCACGCUCUCUGUCUUCCUCCCCCCGGUAAUGCAAAUACUCAUUUAUGGCGGCAAUCUUCUUUUCGGGAGAUACGGAUCUAAGAUUUAAAAUCCUUGCCUCUGAAUCAUAAACUAAGGAGCGAAGUGAGCUGAAAAGGAUGUUGAUGUGGAAUUAAAAACAAAAGCGUUCUUCAGGCGUCCCCUCCUUUCUCCUCCUUUUCUUCCCCUUCCAGCAUUGGGGGUAAAAGACGCGGAAUUUCUCCUCUUUUGUUUGCUAAGUUCCCCCCCACACUCCCUUUCGGUUCAGAGUUUGCUAGGGGAGGGGAGGCAUCCAGGCCGCCAUGGCGUCUCUUUUUACCAAUGGACCCUGCAUCCAAAGUGAAGCCGAAGUAGUCCACCUCUAUAGGAGUCUGGAGGUGGGCACAGUGAUGACUUUGUUUUACUCCAAGAAGUCCCAGAGGCCUGAAAGGAAAACGUUCCAGGUCAAGUUGGAAACCAGGCAAAUCAUUUGGAGCAGGGGAUCGGACAAAAUCGAAGGCGCGAUUGACAUUCGUGAGAUCCAAGAAAUCCGUCUCGGAAGAAAUUCGAGAGAUUUUGACAGAUACCAAGAGGAUCCUUCAUUCCGGCCAGAACAGUCUCACUGCUUUGUUAUACUUUUUGGCAUGGAAUUUAGACUGAAAACACUCAGUCUGCAAGCCACAUCCGAAGAUGAAGUCAACAUGUGGAUCAAAGGAUUGAACUGGCUGGUGGAGGAUACCCUGAAGGCUGCCACCCCACUGCAGGUUGAAAGGUGGCUUCGGAAGCAGUUUUACUCGGUUGAUCGCAACAGAGAAGACAGGAUUUCUGCAAAGGAUCUGAAAAACAUGCUAUUUCAAGUCAACUACCGUGUCCCUAACAUGAGGUUUCUGCGUGAGAAGCUCACUGAUGUGGAGCAGAGAAAUGGGGAUAUCACAUAUGGACAAUUUGCCCAGUUGUACCAGAGCCUGAUGUACAAUGCACAAAAAGGAUUGCCUGUUCCAUUCUUAGAAAGUGGUGGGGAGAGAUCCGACCAAAACAGAGUAUCCCUGACGGAAUUCCAGAUGUUUUUGCUAGAAUAUCAAAUGGAACACUGGGCUACUAACCUAGCCUUGGUUCAAGAUUUUAUAUUCAACUUCUUGAAGGACCCACUGCGGGAAAUUGAAGAACCCUAUUUUUCCCUGGAUGAGUUUCUUGCCUUCCUGUUUUCCAAAGAGAACAGCAUCUGGAACUCAGAGCUUGACGUUGUGCGACCGGAGGACAUGAACAAUCCCCUCUCCCACUACUGGAUUUCCUCCUCACAUAAUACGUACCUGACAGGAGACCAGUUCUCAAGUGAGUCCUCGCUGGAAGCCUAUGCUCGUUGCCUGCGCCUGGGAUGUCGCUGUAUCGAGCUUGACUGCUGGGAUGGCCCUGAUGGGAUGCCCGUGAUUUAUCAUGGACACACAUUAACUACCAAAAUCAAAUUUUCGGAUGUCCUAGCCACUAUCAAGGAGCACGCUUUUGUGACCUCAGACUAUCCUGUGAUCUUGUCCAUCGAAGAUCACUGCAGCAUUGCCCAACAGCGGAAUAUGGCUCAGAAUUUUAAGAAGGUUUUUGGAGACAUGUUGCUGACCAAACCAGUAGAUGUCUCUGCUGAUGGGCUGCCAUCACCAAACCAGCUGAAGAGGAAGAUCCUUAUAAAGCACAAGAAACUGGCCGAGGGCAGUGCUUACGAAGAAGUGCCAUCAUCUGCUGUGUAUUCAGAGAAUGAUAUCAGUAACUCAAUCAAGAAUGGGAUCCUCUACCUGGAAGACCCUAUCAGUCACGACUGGAACCCACAUUACUUUGUCUUGACCAGCACCAAAAUCUAUUACUCUGGGGAAAGAACCAGUGAUUUGGGAAAUGAAGAUGAGGAGGAGCAAAAGGAGGCAAGCAACAGUGCUGAACUGCACUCCACUGAAAAGUGGUUCCACGGCAAGCUGGGAGCAGGGCGUGAUGGGCGCCAAAUUGCUGAACGGCUGCUGUCUGAGUACUGCAUUGAGACGGGGGCUCCCGAUGGCUCUUUCCUGGUGCGGGAGAGUGAGACCUUUGUGGGUGAUUACACCCUUUCCUUCUGGCGCAAUGGGAAAGUGCAGCACUGCAGGAUCCAUUCCCGGCAGGAUGCUGGCAGCCCCAAAUUCUUCCUCACAGACAACCUGGUGUUCAACAGCCUCUAUGACCUCAUCACCCAUUAUCAGCAAGUUCCGCUCAGGUGCAACGAAUUUGAGAUGAGACUGACUGAGCCAGUGCCACAGACCAAUGCUCACGAGAGCAAGGACUGGUACCAUGCCAAUCUCACCCGAUCCAUGGCAGAGCGGAUGCUGAUGAGGGUGCCAAGGGACGGAGCCUUCCUUGUGCGCAAGAGCAGUGAGCCAAACUCCUAUGCAAUCUCCUUUCGGGCAGAAGGGCAGAUCAAGCACUGCCGGGUUCUGCAGGACAACCAGACUGUCUUCUUGGAUAACUCAGAAUUUGACAGCCUGGUGGACUUAGUCAGUUACUAUGAGAAGCACCCACUGUACCGCAAGAUGAAGCUGAGGUAUUCGAUUAAUGAGGAAACCCUAGAGAAGUUUGGGACGGCGGAGCCAGAUUAUGGUGCCCUCUCUGAAGGACAAAAUCCAGGAUUUUAUGUUGUGACCAAUCCAAUGCCUACCUUCAAGUGUGCUGUAAAGGCUUUGUUUGAUUACAAGGCUCAACGGGAGGAUGAGCUCACAUUUACAAAAAAUGCUGUCAUCCAGAAUGUCGAAAAACAAGAAGGAGGCUGGUGGAGAGGAGACUAUGGGGGUAAGAAGCAGCUAUGGUUUCCAGCUAAUUAUGUGGAAGAAAUCAUUGGUCCAACUGGCCUGGAGCCUGAGAGGGAGGAGCAGCUAGAUGAAAACAGUCCCCUGGGAGACAUGCUUAGAGGGGUCCUGGAUGUACCAUCUUGUCAGAUUGCCAUCCGCCCUGAGGGGAAAAACAACCGCAUGUUUGUAUUCUCUAUCAGUAUGGCUUCAGUCUCUCAAUGGUCCCUGGAUGUGGCUGCUGAUACACAUGAAGAUCUGUUGGACUGGGUGAAGAAGAUCCGUGAGACAGCCCAGACUGCUGAUGCCCGGCUUUCUGAAGGAAAGAUGAUGGAGCGAAGAAAGAAGAUAGCACUAGAGCUUUCUGAGCUAGUCAUCUACUGCCGUCCUGUUCCUUUUGAUGAAGAGAAAAUUGGCACAGACAGGGCCUGCUACAGAGACAUGUCCUCUUUCCCUGAAACCAAGGCAGAGAAGUAUGUCAACAAGAUCAAGGGCAAGAAAUUCCUGCAGUACAACCGGUUGCAGCUUUCCCGCAUCUAUCCAAAGGGACAGCGACUGGACUCUUCCAACUAUGAUCCCCUGCCUAUGUGGAUCUGUGGCAGCCAGUUGGUGGCGCUAAACUUCCAAACACCAGAUAAGCCAAUGCAAAUGAAUCAGGCCCUCUUUAUGGCAGGAGGCCGAUGUGGCUUCAUGUUGCAGCCACCCAGCAUGCGGGAUGAACACUUCGACCCCUUUGACAAGAACACUGUACAUGGACUGGAGCCCCUUUACAUCUCCAUUGAGGUCCUUGGGGCACGACAUCUUCCAAAAAAUGGAAGGGGAAUUGUCUGUCCAUUUGUAGAGGUUGAGGUGUGUGGAGCAGAGUAUGAUAAUACAAAGCACAAGACUGAGAUGGUGGUGGACAAUGGCCUGAAUCCUGCCUGGUCCCAGAAGUCAUUUCAGUUCCACAUCAGUAAUCCUGACUUUGCCUUCUUACGCUUUGUGGUGUAUGAAGAGGACAUGUUCAGUGACCAGAACUUCUUAGCUCAGGCAACAUUCCUUGUUAGAGGCCUGAAGACAGGAUACCGGGCUGUGCCUUUGAAGAACAACUACAGUGAGGAUCUUGAAUUGGCCUCCUUGCUAGUUAAAAUAGACAUUAUCCCUGGCAAACAGGAGAACGGCGAAAUUAGCCCCUUUGGAGCCUCAGCUUUCCGAGAGAGAUCAACAGAUUCUCCAAAUCAGCUCAUGGGCAGCCGAGCCAGAGAAGGCUCCUUUGAAGCCCGAUACCAACAGCCAUUUGAGGAUUUCCGGAUGUCACAGGAGCAGUUAGCAGACCACUUUGACAAUCGGGACAGAAGGGUACCACGAAAGACUCGGGUGAAUGGAGACAACCGCCUCUAGCCCAGCGUGGCCUGCUGUGAAGCACCCUCCCGUGCUUGUGAUUCUCAUGGAUUGCUGAACUGGUUUCUAUGGAAACGUCACUGCUUUGGCCUACUUUCAGGCAGCUUUUCCAGUUUCUCUUCUGAAGGGUGUUCAAGUGGAGAUUUUUUUAAAGGAUCAAUGUAUGAAUCAACAGUUUCAUUGUCUUCACCAUAACACUCAACAAACCUUCACCCCUACCCCACCCUUGGCCACCAGAAGACCUUCAGCACCAAACCAGAAUAGACGUAUGUUGAUUGUGUACACCUUGAGACUGGACACAAAAGCCUGUCCUCAACCCUUUUCUUCCUCGUGGGCAGUAGUUACAGAGGGAAUCUUCAGAGCUGCCCAACAAAUCAGCUUUCCUCCACUCCGUUAAGAGGACCUGAUUUUUAAAUAUAUAUAUAAUUAAUAAUAAACACCUUAAUCACUA